AUGGCCCCCAUAGAACGCCGGAAAACGCUGACCAUGAAUUGGGACGGCCUCGACGAUGACGACGACAUGCAUUUCUUUGAGACCUAUAACCGUCUCUCAACUGCUGUCCCUGAUGAUUUAGCUUCUUCUUCAGAUGAAGAUGAAGAUUAUGAAGAUAGCAGAAUAUCCUUCUCCUCUGCUGUCUCUGCCUUUCAUCCAGCAAAACAUCGAAAGCCGGAACUUCCACCGGCAACCACCAUUACUCCUAAUUAUGAUAUCUGGAUGGCUGCACCAGGAUCUAUUACAGAAAGAAGACGGAGAUUGCUUGGAAGCAUGGGAUUGGUUGAUAAUAAAGAGAAUCUUAAAGCCACCAGCGAAGCCAUUGGUCGCGCCAUCACGAAAAAGUUCGAUAACAACUACAAUAACAACCACAAUAUCAAUCAACAAAAAACUCCAACUCCUGUUUCUUCAAUUUCAACCGUUCCCACUAGAAAACUAUCUUCGUCAUCAUCUACAGUUGCAGCAGCAACUUCCUCUGGUGGAUCCAUUCAAAAAAUUACAGAGCAGUCUCCUGUUCAAUAUGUCCUCGUUCGAUCGCGAUCAGAAGGUGAUAUUGAUUUUUUCUCAAUGGCAAAAUUAAGAAAGGAAGAAAUGAUUGGAAAAAUUUCAAAGCAGAGGUUAACAAGAACCUCUACUGAAAUAGGUGUGCCGUGCACGCGUGCACGGCAUGUAGAUGGAAAUAGGAUUAUUGCGAGGGAUCCUAAUGAAACCUCCAUGAGACAGUUACCACCGAUGUCACCGAUGGUAACACCUGGUACAGGAGGAGUUGGAGCGUUCUUUUUGAUAAAAAAUUUAGAUACUGGAAAAGAGUUUAUUGUAAAGGAAUACGGCGAAAAUGGAACAUGGAAUCGGUUAAGCGAUUUAGAGACAGGUAAGCAGUUAACAAUGGAGGAAUUCGAAAAAACUGUGGGACAUUCUCCGUUUAUAAAGGAUAUAAUGAGGCGCGGUAAUUAUGGAAGACAUGAUGGUUAUGGUAAAAAGUUAGCUUCAAAUUCUGCUAUAUUAAGGAGUUUAAAGUUAAGUAAAAAAAAAAGUGCUUCAUUGUUGAAGAAUAUUAAAGGUGUAGCAAGUGGAAUUGUUGGUGAACGUGAAAGAUCAGAAAUGGCUGCGCCACAAGUGGUUGAACAACCUCAACAUAAAAAACCUGAAGGGAAGAACAAAUGGGUUAAAGUUAAACAAAAUGGAAAAUCACAAAAGGAUCUUUCAGCUUUGCAUUUGUGUCAAGAGUUUCAAGCACAUGAAGGGUGUAUUUGGACUAUUAGGUUUAGUUUGGAUGGAAGGUUUUUGGCUAGUGCGGGUGAAGAUAAAGUGAUUCAUGUUUGGGAAGUUCAAGAAUGUGAGGUUAUGAGUAUGGAGGAAGGGCAUCUUACUCCUAUUCAUCCUUCUUUGAUGUCUUCUAUGGAAAGAGGCGUUGAGCCUCCGAAUUUGGGGAAGAAGAAGGGAAAAUUUGGAAGUAAAAGAGGAGGGAGUGCUGCUAUUCCUGAAUAUGUUCAUGUUCCUGAAAAUGUUUUUACUUUUUCUGAGAAACCUUAUUGUUCUUUUCAUGGUCAUUUGGAUGAAGUUUUGGACUUGUCUUGGUCUAGAUCUCAGCAACUUCUUUCAUCUUCAAUGGACAAGACAGUGAGAUUGUGGGACUUGGAUACUAAGACAUGCUUGAAAUUCUUUGCACAUAAUGAUUAUGUAACCUGUAUUCAAUUCAACCCUAUGGAUGAUGAUUAUUUCAUUAGUGGCUCCCUUGAUGCUAAGGUCAGAAUGUGGAACAUCCCUGCUCGUCUUGUCGUCGAUUGGACUGACAUUCAUGAUUUGGUUACAGCUGUUUCUUACACCCCUGAUGCUCAAGGUGUUCUAGUUGGUACACAAAAGGGGAAUUGUCGUACUUAUGGAAUAGAAGAUUACAAAUUAUCUCAAAUAAACACUAUUGAACUUCGAAACAAAAAGAAAUCUAUGAUGAAAAAAGUUACCGGUUUUCAGUUUUCCCCAAAUAAUCCAUCAGAAGUGCUUAUUACUUCAUGCGAUUCCAGGAUAAGAAUUGUGGAUGGUAUAGAAAUUAUUCAUAAAUUUAAAGGAUUUCGAAAUCCGAACAGCCAAAUGGCGGCUUCAUUUAGUCCAAAUGGAAAAUUCAUCAUAAGUCCAAGUGAAGAUUCAAAUGUUUAUGUAUGGAAAAAUGAAGAGCAUAAACAAUCAAGCACAGGAAAAUCUAGAGCUUUGUUAAUCACUCAAGCUCAUGAGCAUUUUCCAUGUAAAGAUGUUUCAGUAGCAAUACCUUGGCCAUGUAUGAUAAGAGGUGAUCCACCACAAGUCUCAAUUAAUAAUGCCAAAAAACAAUCAAAAAGAUCGCUUCCACCUCUUCCAAAGAAAGGUAACAAUGCAACUGAAAAUGCAUCAAAUUCGCCAGAGCACGACCCUUCAUCGCUGUCGCGAAGCGAAUCAGGAAUAGGUGAUUCGUUCUCGAAUAGUAAGAGAAUGUUGCCACCUGUUCCAAAGAAAACCAACAACCAAGAGAAAGAAAGUGAAAUAGAAGAAGACGGUGCAGCCAUUUCUAGGACGAAUUCAGGAAUCGGAGAUUCAUUUUCUUCAGAUCCUGCGUCGAUUAGAUAUGGCGAUUCGCCUUCAAUAUCUGCUGCAGGUAAUCCAGCAGGUGAUUCUUGGUCUUCUAAUUAUUCAUCAUAUGAUGGUACUCAUGGUUCCUCAGCAAUGCAUCCUUCAGCAUGGGGUUUGGUAAUAGUGACGGCCGGAUUCGGAGGCGAAAUCAGGUGUUAUCAGAAUUUUGGAUUACCAAGAAGGAUGAGUAGACAAGUUUUUGGAGGCCCUGCUUAACAUGUGCAAAAUUAAAAUUAGAAAUAUUUUUUACUCUUUGAUAAAAGGAAGAGCAAAAAAAUGGCAUAACAUAAAUGUAAAUUCAGUUUUUCUUAUUAGAUUGCCAUAUGAUGUGUGGCAAUUUUGAUGUUAUGUAUAGAUUUUGUUAGUAAGCAGCAUAAACAUUAUAGACAAGA